AUGUUCCACAAACAGGGACACGUUCGAGCUGCAUGCAGUGCAGUUGGAACUGGAGGCCGUGGAGCGACGCGACGCGAGUGGCAGACAGCGCUGGAAACAUCCCGUGCUGACGCUCACCAGUCCUCGGUAAGUUUGCAGCGUGAUAUUAACACUCCUGCUUCCUCUACGCCGUGUGUUUCUCUGCACAGGGCCCGAGCACCCAGAACGCGUUUAUCCCAGCCCUCGUUCACUCCGGCGCCGUCUCACCAGGGACCUUGGGUUCUUCAGCAGCGGAAGGCGCGAGCCAGGCCUCGGACCAGGACCUCUCCUCCUCCACUGCCCCCAGUCUUCGAGGUCUCGACGCGGAACCGCUUCUCCCCUCUUCGCGAGGCGGAACGCGACACCGUGGUCAUCGGAGACUCCAUCGUCCGCCACGUCCACGCUACCACAGCCAAAGGUAAGGUGCGCAGUCACUGUUUUCCUGGUGCUCGUGUUCUCGAUGUCGCUGCGCAGAUUCCCGCGAUCCUCAACGGUGCUGAGACCAUCGGAGAAGUAGUGCUGCACGCGGGGGUGAACGAUACCAGGCUGCGGCAGACGGAGGUGCUAAAGCAGGACUUCAGGAGCCUGAUAGAGACGGUACGAUCGCACAUCGUCCACAUCGCCCGCGACAAGGAUCAUCAUGUCCGGACCGCUUCCGACGUACCGACGAGGAUAUGAAAGAAUCGGAGCUGAUCUUCUGUCAGAGAACAUCUCCAAGACGCUUUGCACCGUAUGACUAGUAAGUCAAACCUCAAAUCACAGUCUGUGUUCUGCCCACUUAAUUGAUAGAAAUGUGAGUGUAGUACAGUCUAUAGAAACUGUGUCUAUUCGCCGAAUAGUGAGGUUUAACAAUAAAAAUAAAGGAUCUAGAAAAAAUCUGAUCAUGAUCAAACCAGAAAUUCGCAAAUUUACUGAACAAAAAUAAUUUCUAAAGCUAGGGCUACUAAACAUUAGAUCACUGACACCGAAGGCGAUUAUUAUAAUUGAAAUGAUCACAGAUAAUAGUCUUGAUGUAAUUUGCCUUACUGAAACAUGGCUUAAACCAAAUGAUUAUUUCGGUCUUAAUGAGUCUUGUCCACCUGGCUACUGUUAUAAAAAUAAAUGCCGUCCGAUUGCCGUGGCGGUGGUGUUGCAACAAUCUAGAGAUAUUCUUAACGUUACUCAGAAAACAAACUACAGAUUUAAUUCAUUUGAAAUUCUUAUGCUGAAUGUUACACUCUCAGAUAUAAGUAAAAAGUCGCUACUAUCUCUUGAUUUAGCUACCGUCUAUAGACCUCCAGGCGGGCCUUAUGCUGAUUUCCUAAAAGAGUUUGCAGACUUUCUCUCAGCGUCAAUAAAGCACUGAUUGUUGGAGAUUUUAACAUUCAUGUAGACAAUAUAAAUGAUGCGUUAGGGGCUGCGUUUACAGAUUUGCUAAACUCCUUUGGGGUCAAACAAAACGUCACUGGACCCACUCACCGUUUUAAUCAUACACUAGAUUUAAUUAUAUCACAUGGAAUCAAUCCAAACGUUGUUGUGAUGACAUCUCUGAUCACUACUUUGUAACUUGCAUACUGCAUACUGAUGAUAUUUGUCAAAUUGCGCCGCGAUAUCGACUAGGCAGAACAAUUCUCCCGACAACUAUAGAUAAAUUCACAAAUAAACUGCCUGAUCUGUCUCAGCUGCUCAUCGUACCUAAACACACAAAUGAUCUCGAGAAAAUGACUAGCAGUAUGUACACCAUUUUCACUAGUACAUUAGAUACUGUUGCACCGAUGAGAUUUAAAAAGAUUAGAGAGAAAAAUACUGUACCUUGGUAUUACUCGCAGUAUUACUCACGCUAUCAAAAGAGAAACUCGUAAUCUAGAACGCAAAUGGAGACAAACUCGUUUAGAGGUCUUCAGAAUCGUGUGGAAAGACAGCUUGUCCCGUUAUAGAAAGACUCUAAAAGCAGCCAGGGCUGAGCAUCUCCGCAAACUUAUAGAAAAUAACCAAAACAACCCAAGGUUCUUGUUUAGUACAGUGGCUAGAUUAACAAAUAAACAGAUAUCACCAGAACAAAACAUUUUAUUACAAUUUAGUAGUGAUGACUUUAUGAAUUUCUUUACUGAGAAAAUCGAAAGUAUCAGAAAUACAAUUGUAAAUGUACAACCUUUAACAGAGUUUUAUGAUUCAACCUCAACUAUCACCCCUCAAGAACAGUUGCAGUGCUUUACAACUAUAGGACAGGAAGAGCUAAAUAAACUUAUCACUGCAUCUAAACCAACAACAUGUUUAUUAGAUCCAAAACCCACUAAACUAC